AUGGACACUGAUAUAACAGAAGAAGGACAAAAGAACAAACCAAAAAAGAGGAAACUGGAUUCAGCCUUUACUAAUACUCGUACUUCAUUGAAUGAUGAAAAAGUGAAAAAAAGAAAAAUAGAUUUGGAUGAUCCAAUUAUAAUUCCUGAGAAAAAAUGCAAUACAAAACGUAAGAGAGAAUCUGAUAAUGAAGAAAACGAACAACAACAACGCAAGUUAGAUAUGAGUGACGUAAUUCCACAUCCAUGGAAACAAAAAAAUAGAAAACGGAAGAUUCAACCAGAUAAUGAUAAUGAUCGUGAUAAUGAUGAUGAUGAUGAUGAUGAUAGUAACAUACCUAGGAAAGUUAAAGUUAUAAAUACCUAG